GUCGUAGGACGACGAAUGGGUGAGAGUUGGCCAUAUGUUCAAACUGUAGAUAAACUCUGCCAAGUGUCAAUCUUUUUCUAUAAUCAGACCAGCGAUUGAGAACUCAGACUUGUAUUGUUUUGGGAAACCAGCAUUGUUUUUUUCGCAAUGCAUCACCAUAACACUCAUAGUAGCUGCUGUCAGCAUGACUAAGCUCCACAUCACAAUGUACUUGGCUGUUUUGGCUUUAGUGACUGUCCAGUGCUUUCAUAUUUCCAGUGACCCUUUUGUACCCAACGCCUACCGUAUAAACGAUUUGCCGAACAAAUCACAGGAUGAAAAUAAGACAAUCCUGAAAAUUAAGUUACAAAGACUUCUAUAUGGUCUAAAACAGGACGACGGUAUGAAAAUACCAAACGAACAAUUUUUGGUUAACAAAAGAUUUCAAGACGCAGAAAAAACGGAGAGGAAGCCUCCGCUAGCAACCGAACAGGAAUCUCCCCCUGAAACGGAUGAGGAAUCCCUCUACGAUGACUUGAUUUUUCAAUUGGUUUACAAAAGGUUUGGAAAAUGUAUUCACUUUCCUUUGUAUUCUCCAAAACCUAUUUAUAUGGUUAAUAGAUGUCCACACGAUUCUACCGAUGAUCAAGCCAGAAUGCUGUGUCAUGGCCACCAUCAAGACUUUGUAGAAGAACAGCAUAAGUGUAUUAUAGACUUGCAGCACAUUCCAGUUCAGGAUUUACAUGGAGUCGUGUACAGAAAUGUCUACUGUUCUCGCUGUCAUAGAGCAAGCAAUGUAAGUACAUGGACCGCUGACUUAACGUUUAAUGAUAUACCUGUUCUGAAAUUAAUGGAUGGCUUCAAAAAUACCUCUAUCAAUAUUCUGAAAAACGUGGAUGAAAUGGCGAGAUGUUCAAAGAAAAUUUUUCCCUACAACCAAAAUGUUGUAAAACACUGUACAAAUCCCACCAGUCAUCGCAGCCAUGACACUCGGGCCCGCAAUGCUCCAAUAAAUCCUCAGCCAGGCUCAGAAAAAAUGCCAUUGUCAUUUCAAAUUCUGAUAAAUUUUGGAAUAAAUGGCGAAGGACACAUUAUAUUCAGCACAGAAACGUCACAUCCCGUUGAAACGAUCUCUUGUCCACAGAACCAAGUGUUCUACAAGGGACAUUGUCGUGAAGUAACAUGCGAUGAAGGCUACCAUCUUGAAAAUAACGUCUGUCAACCCGAUCCUAUAUCUCUCAAUUCAGAAGAUUCUUUGUCACGGCUGCAAAACGCAAAUGAGAUGACGUCUCUGACAUUCCGACUAAAUGCUACUAAAGAGGAACUGAGUAUCCUGGAACAAGACGGUGCAGAGGAAAUGAUUAUCGAGGAGAUUGCCUUUGUCUUGAAUGUGAGCUCCAGUCGCAUCAGAGACCUUACAAUUUCUAUUCGUAACGGUACGACACAGUCCAAAAUGAUAGAGAUUGCUCAUCCAAGACGAUUCCAGAAAAACAGAGUUAUGAAGAACAAAGACUUCUCUCCGGAAAUAUUGACCACAAAAACUGAAGAUGGUUCGAAAAAUGUGUCCUACGACAACCAACAAACGAAUGAAACGACCAAAGAAAAAUCUCCGGACGAAUCUCUGUUCACAGUUGAAUUCAAAUUUGAUCUUUUGGCAAGCGUAAAAAAGACAGGAAAAUUUAGUUCUUCUUUAUCCAGCGUGGUGGAUAAUAUGAAUCAUUUGAUUAAAACUGAAAGUUUUAAAUUGGAAUUAAACGGGUCUGACUUUAAAAUAACUGAAAUAAAACAACAACAUCACAACAUGUCGCUGCGUCUAAUUAAGUGGUGCCACCAUGGAACCAAAAUCAUGAAAAAGGGAAGUGAAGUGGAUAUGAAAAAUUCAACAGACAGUCGGACCGGAAGAACAGUUCACGGCGUAUUUGUGAAUGACACAGGGAAAUUCUAUGGACCAGAUAUGUUUGAUUUUUAUAUAUACGUGUCGGGUGAAUUCGGAAAUAUAAGCAACGUAACUAUUAACGCUUUGGUUUUUCUCUGCGAUACGCCUCGUAUCCAAGACGGCGAGUGUGCAAAAUUGACUUUGAACUCAACUUCGUACGAAAAAUUGUACAACAAUUCUGUUUUCUAUGAAGGAGAAGUGUUUGAUCAGGAUAAAUAUGAGUAUGUAGAUGAUAUGCAUGACAAUGUAAGAAUAUGCAUAUAUAGUCAAGGUGUUUCCUCGAAUAUGUUGAAAACAUCCUGCGGAAUAGAAUUUAAGGAGAUAAUCGUGGCUGAAAGUUAUCUUAGUUUCGUUUUGGGGAUCAUUUCAACCGUGAUCACAUUUCUUUCAUUGAUUACAUAUGUUAUUUUCAAAGAAAUGAGAAAUUUGCCAGGAGUGAGCACAGCUAAUUUAACAUUCGCACUCUUUCUUGCCGAACUACUUUUUAUUGUUUCUGGUGCGCCAAAGCCAGACUGGUUAUGCCCAGUGAUAGGCAUGAUGCUGCACUACCUAUUUCUUGCGUCUUUCUUCUGGAUGAAUGUCAUGUCGUAUGACUUAUAUAAAACAUUUGCCAACAAGUAUAUCCUCACAAGAGUGAGAAGCAAAGAGAAAUACCUCCCACGCUAUGCUCUAUAUGCGUGGGGAUCGCCAGCUCUGAUCGUGGCUGGCUGUGCAGUGGUUGACUACACAAACAUCAUACCCAAUGUAAAAAUUAAAUAUGGUGGCGGUUCUCUUUCCCUGUCCCCAAAUGGUUUCGUUAAUCAUAAUUUGGAUGGCACCCUGGAAAACAAUACAUUGUCGCAUCGGAUAGAAUCCACGGAUGAAAAUCUAGGCUGCUGGAUACAGGAGCCAGUGGCAGCGCUUGUUGCCUUCGGUUCUCCGAUGCUCCUUAUUCUUUUCUCCAACUGCAUCAUGUUUGUGAAAACCAUUUACUGCAUUCGCAAAACUUUGAAACUUGCAAACAUAAAAACGAGGCGGUCUUCGUUGAAUCACGUAACCGGAAAAUCUGACGUCAGACUUUAUGUGCGCAUGUCAACUAUGAUGGGUUUUACAUGGAUUUCCGGUCUGGCCUCCUCGAUAGUGAGUGCUUUUGCAGAUACACCAACAUUUACAAUUUGUACUGUGUUACAUGUUAUGAGCUUUUUGUUUAUCAUAUUUAAUUGUUCGCAGGGGCUUUUUAUCUUUUUUGCAUUCAUUUGUAACCGAAGAGUGUGUAAAUAUUACAAAAGUAUGCUCUCAAAAUGCAAAUCCAAGAUUUCGGGAAAGACAGUGUUGAGCUCUUCUAGAAUUUCAAUCAGUACAAUCACUUCAUGGACAUAUACAUUUGAAGUUGUUCAGAUAACUGAAAAAGAAAAAUGUCAGAAAGAAAACUGACGCGUUAAGAUUGUAAAUACUGUACAUAUGUAGAUACAUGUAAGUAUUAUGUAAUAUAUUGAAUUGCUUUAUGUAUAUAGCAGGCAAAAAUUAAAAGGUCUUAUGAUUUAGAUUUUUUUUCCUGCUGUUAUUCUAUAUUCGUUUAUUUUGAUUUUUAUGCAGCUUCUUGAUUUGAACAAAUUACUAUUUGUAAUGGUUGCUGAAUAAGUGUUAUACUUGUACGUAUGAAUUGGUGGACCUUAUGUCAUCUUGCAGAAAAUGAAUCUUUUUUCCACAUCAAGUAACAACUAUUCAUUUAUAAAUGCCUCCUUGAAAGUUUUAACUGUAAAUUAUAAAUGAAUAUGAUGGUGCCAAAAUUUUGCUAAAAGGAUACUGACAUUUUUUAAAUAAUCGCUCAGUAUAUUACCUUUAACUGGUAUGACUAGCAAGAUGGGGAGUUAAUGAGGAGCAUGUGAAUAAAACAAUCAAAUGGCAAUUUAAUAAGUUAUUUCUUUUUUAAUUUAACUUUUUUUUCAAUUUUAUAUGUUGAAAAUUGCAAACUACUGUGGCACGUGAAUUUUAAGUUUGAUUAAUACGAAAAAUGUGACUAAGUAUGUCCACCAACAGUACACUGUAUAGUGUAUAGUAAUCUGAAGAAAUUUAUUUAAAAAUAUACCAGAAAUGUGGUAAAAUAUAGAAGUCUUUCAUUUUUUGUUUCUAUUGUAAAAUAGUAUUGGUCAUCACAAUGUUUUUGGAUGAUAUUUCAUGAAGUGUUUCCUAUACUGUUUGUUAUGUUUGCAUUUCUAUAUUAUAUUACAUUCCAAGACAAAUAAAUAUUUGAUGCUUUGUU